GUCGGCACUCAUUUUUUUGGGAGUUUCAGGUUUCAUACUCGAAUCAGGUACCUUCUUCAAGAAACGCUGGUUUCGAUUCUCUCUCUCUGGUGUUUGAUCCCCUCAGAUUCAACAGCUAUCUUCAACAAUAUAUCAGCGGGAGAUUUCUUCAUUUUAGCUUUUCUUCCACUAGCUUUCCAGGCCCGAAACCAUGCCUUCAGAAUCUGAUAAGUGGGGGUGGAAACAUGUCAGUGUGUUUGGUGCCUUUGACAAGGGAAGUGGUACCAAACGGUGGAAAUGCAACCACUGCAAUCUUCGAUAUAAUGGAUCCUAUUCGCGUGUUAGAGCCCACCUGCUUGGUUUCACCGGUGUAGGAGUCAAAAGCUGCCCUGCAAUAGAUAGGUCUUUGAGAGAGGCACUUCAUAUACUGGAGGAGGAGCGUCUAGCUUGGAAAAAGAAAAGGACUUCUGGAUGUGUGAAGCCCAGCAAACGUAAUGAAAAUUCCCAACUAAGUCUUAAUCAUGCUUGGAAGACUAUAGCAAAGGAAGAUGUAGAUGACAUUGUAGCCAGGUUUUUCUAUGCCAAUGGGUUGAAUGUUGAUAUUGUCAAUUCUCCUUACUUUCAUGAAAUGGCCAAAGCAAUUGCCACUUUUGGCCCUGGUUAUGAAGCCCCCACAAUGGAUAAGUUAUCUGACCUCUUUUUGACUAAAGAGAAAGACAGGAUAGAGAGAGCCAUGGUUUUAUUUAGGGAGUCUUGGCCUCACACUGGCUGCACAAUAUACUGCAUCAACCAAUUAGAUGGAACACUAGGCUGCCUUUGUUUCAAUAUUUUUGUCUCUAGCCCGCGGGGGCUUAUGUUCUUGAAAGCAGUGGACAUUAGUAAUGGUGAUGCAGCAGAUAAUUUGUUACCUGGCGUUCUUGAAGAUUCUAUCAUGGAAGUUGGGCCUGCUAAUGUUCUUCAGAUAAUCUCGCAUCUAAGUCAUGUGAGUGAAUCUUUUGAAUCCCUCAUUUCAUCAAAGUUCCCUCACAUAUUUUUGUCAGCUUGCACUUCUCAUUCUAUUUGCAUGUUGAUGGAGCACAUAGCUGAACUCGAGUGGAUAAAACCUAUUGUAUCAUGUGCUAAAGGAAUUGAGCAGUGUAUCCUAGCAUAUCAGCGCUCUCCUCUCUGUAAUUUCACUCAAAAUUUCAAACAACAAUCUGACCCUUGUGCUGCCAAGUUUGCACCUUCCUGUUGCUUGGUCCAGAGUAUUUUUGAGUUGAAGCAAACACUGCGGGAGGUUGUUGCCAGUGAAGAGUGGAAGCAGUGGAAGCUUUCAAUACAGGAGGAUGUUAUUAAUAUUGAAUCUGCCAUUUUAGGGGAUGAUUUUUGGGGUGGGGCCCAUCUGUUGUUACAAUUAAUUGAGCCAUUUCUGAGAUCAUUUGCUAUUCUUAAUGUUGAUAAAUCCGUCAUGGGCGACAUUUGUGAUUGGCGGGUUCAGGCACUUGAAGCUGUGAGGAGCAAGGGAAUUGAUGACAUUGCAUUGAAUCAACUAGAGGUGCUGAUGGAAAACAGAUGGGAUAUGUUAUUUUCCCCUCUGCAUGCUGCUGGUUAUAUACUAAACCCUAGACAUUUUGGGAAAGGUCAAACAAAGGAUAAAACUGUGAUGCGAGGUUGGAAAGCCACUCUGGAAAGAUAUGAGUGCAAUGGUGCAGGCAGACGUGUUCUUCGGGAGCAGCUUAGCUCUUAUUGGCGACUGGAGGGAUCAUUUGGAGAGGAAGAUGCUGUAGAUUGUAGAGAUAAAAUGGAUCCAGUUUCAUGGUGGGAGAACUUUGGUUUUGAAACACCCCAUUUGCAGACUCUAGCUAUAAAGAUCCUCAGUCAGGCUUCAAACCUCGUAAUGUGUCAAGAGGGCUGGCAAGACGAUAUUCCUUGCCGGGAAAUAGGCAGCAGAUUAGGAGUGGGGAGAGUGGAAGAUCUUCUGUUUGUCCGGAACAACCUUAGACUUCACAGCCAAAGAAGUGGGAAUUUGAGCUCUGCAUCUAGCCAAAGAAGUCGGAAUUUGAGCUUUGCAUCUGGCCAAAGAAGUGACAAUUUGAGUUCUGCAUCUAGCCCAAGAAUCACAAAUUCAAGCUCCCCAUCUGGAGGUAACACAUGGGAUGGUUCUUGUCUAGAUCAAGCCAGCGGGAUAAUUAGCAUUCAAAACAAAAUCUGAUAUAAUGCUUGCCUUUUAUUUAUUUGUUUAUUUUUUUUAUGCUGCUGUUUGAUUAAUAUCUGAAGGUUAUAUUCACUCCCCAUCUCCACCCCCACCCCCCUCCCCCUCCCCCCCCCCAAAAAAAAACAUAAAAAUAUUAUGCUCAGAGAGGUGGGACGAACAUUGAAGCUCCCUUGUAUGCUUCUUGUGGCAACUUGUGUUUAUGUUUGACUGCAAUGAGGGUGGUCUCUGCGGAUGAUGUUUUAGCUUUUAGGUUAGUAAAUUGAAUAUGUAAAUUAAUCAGGAAUAUGGCCCCAUUCUGUAUAAGAAAAAAUCGUAUUUGAUAUUAACUUGAAGCUGUAAUUGUUAUGGUUGGUGUCCUUUUGAGUAAUGCCAAUGCUUUCCUUUCCC